AUGAAAGUUUAUCCAUUAGCACCAUCCAUCAAUGGAUCAUCAUCUAAAGAUGAAUUCUCUUCUUUUUGCUCCAACACUCCUGGCGGAAAUAAUGAUGAAGAUGAUCAUGGUUUAAAACAAGCCAUCAGGGAGAAACCAACCACAAGGUUUUCUGCUUGCUGUUCCAUACGAAUCUUUAUUGUUGUUUUGAUCACUUGUCUAGUGCUCUCAUGUUCUAUAGUCAUUUGGUUGGUGUCCUUUGUUGGUGCAAGAACAGCUCUGAAUGAACUCUCCACUCAGCUCAUGAAUACAUUUGCAAACUAUGUGGUAGAGAAUGUCGAUUCUGAGAUUAGACCAAUUACAGCAGCUACUAAGUCCAUCGCAUAUGAUUUUAACUUGGGAGUAGUUCCCAUGAAUCCACAAACUGAAUAUCUAUUCUCGAAAUUUGUCACGUUUCAUCCAUAUGGAAUUGGCUUUUUAUUUGCAGAUCAACUUUCAACCAUCAAUUACGUUGGAAUUCCUCCCAAUGAAGUUCCAGGAUUCUAUCACCAAAAAAGUAAUGAAACCGAUAUGUUUGUCUAUGAAGUGGAUUUAGUGAGUGGUCAAAACUUGAACCGAGUGCUUAAAGUCAAUCCAAAUUACAAUGUCACUGUUCAAGAUUACUGGAAGCAUUCAUUUGAUAAUUUUCAUCGCCCAGAGUUUCAAGACCUGGAUGGAGUAUUUGGUGAUCCUUAUUUUCUUCCAGGUGGAGGUUAUACCAUCUACUACAGCGCAAGAUUAUACGAUCCUAUUCAGUAUGCUGUGUAUGGUAAAAAAACGUCCAAUCCUAUUGGCCUUGCUAAAACCAAUUUAUCCCUUCAAAUCAUUCAACGUUUUCUGGCAUCUCUCAAAGUGAUGAACAGAGGUUACGUUCUUCUAUCACAACAAAACAAUGAUCUUGUGAUUGGUGGAAGUAUCAAUACGACCUCUUGGGAUUUGGUGUCAAGAGUUUCCAUGUUUGAUUUGCAAGAUCGAAAUGCUGGAGCACUUAUGAAGCAAAUUGCUGCUCAGUAUGGGUCUCUCACAUCAGCCCCUAAUUUGUUGAGUAUCAUGAGUGCAGGCGUAGAAUACUAUGUGGUUAAGACCGAGUAUGUGAUUGAAAAUUUGCGAUGGAAUUUGUUUAUUGUUGUGGAAAAGGCAGAAGUUGAACAAGCAACCAAUAUCUCUACAGGUAUUUCAAUUGCAGUUACAUUUGUGAUUGCGAUUUUAGGAGUGACCUUCUCUAUACUCAUUGGUCAUGUGACCACUGCCCCGUUAAGAAAAUUGGAGCAAGAAUUUCAAAAAAUCAAAACCAUGGAGUUCGAUCAAGUCGAGUUUAUGAACAGUAUAUUUCGAGAAGUGGAUUAUAUUUUCAUUUACUUACGAGAAACAGUUGUAUGGCUCAAUGAAAUCAGAUCAUUUCUUCCCGAAAGUGUGUUUUUACACCUUAGGAUGACGAAACAUUCCCUCACAUGGAAUGAAAUGACAAACAAGGAGGGGAAUCACGAAUUGGAAUCCUCUCAUUCCUCGAGUAAGGUCAGCAAAAGAGAAUCAUCCAAAGAAGCUUCCAUUCAUUCAGCAAAUAUGGCUUCUAAUAAUCUCUUUAAAAUUGGACUUUUCCCAAAAGUUUGUUCGGUGGUCCGAAUUUACUUGUCCAACAUGACAAAAGAAUUUUCUUCAGAUGAUAUAGCACAAUAUUUCUCAAAAAUUGUAGCAGGUCUAAGCAUGCUAUCAAAAAACACUCAUACUGAUUUUCAAGUAAUAUCUGUGGAUGAAUUUCAAUUAACGUUCACUGAUCAAGGACCUUCAGGUGAAAGAAGCAUACGAGAAGUGGCGCUAAUGUCAUGCCUCAAAUUCGUCAAGUUGAUUGAUAAUUUAAAUGAAUCAAGAAAAAAUGGCACCACUCUUAAGUGUUGCAUUGGUGUAUCUAGUGGGAAAUGUUUUUCUGGCAAUUUAGGAAAUAGUUCCUACAGAGGAUUUUUCACCAUUGGAAAUGUGGUUCAAAAUUCAAAGAAAUUGUCACACUUGGCAAAUGAGCUAAAUUGCAAACUACUGGCCUGUUCAUAUACCUUAGAUUCAAAAACUACGACUAAAUUUGUUACAAGACCCAUUGAUCGAAUAGUAUUAGAUUCAGAUUCGGGAUCCCAAGUCGUUUUAUCAACCAUUUUUGAAAUCAUUAAGGAAAAUAUUGUUCAUCAAGAUGAGUGGAUGUACGAACUGCAACAAAAAGAAGCUCAUGAUAACUUCCAAGCUUUCAAAGAAAAUUUCAUUUUUGGGCAAACUUUGGAAUGUACAACAGAGGAGAAUAUUAAGGAGCUACUGGGCCGUGCACGUGAUUUUUACAGCUCUUAUAUUCAAACAUGUCCAAAUGAUGUAGUGGCAGAACGAUUGAUGAGAAUAAUGGAUUUCUAUUUACAAUAUUCAACACAAAACGUCAAUGCAUGGUAUCAAGUUCUACAAUUCCAUUCGAUUUUGGAUUAUAGGUUAACUGAAGUUUUUUCUUCCACUGAAUGA